AUGAAGCCCGAGCUGCUGCAGCUGCUGCGGCGGCUGCAGCUGAACGGGAGGGAAGCGGCGGCUGGGACCGUCAGGUUGGCCAUCCACCUGCAGCCAAACACCGCCCGUGCUCCAUUUCCCAGGCGCUCCGGCUGUACGACCGGGCAUUCAAUGUCGUAAUUCCCCGCUUUCAAUGACCUUUAGCACUGGGCAAACGAGCCAGUCCUCCUUAGUGCUAAAACGAGGGAAUCAAAUGCACCAUUCCGGUCUCUACCUCGUCCCCGUCUGACAGCGAGCAGCGCACAGACUGCGCCAAGCAAUGAAGGGCAUGUCUCCUCCUCCUCCUCCUCCUUCUCAGGUUGAAUGUUCCUCCUCCAGCAGGAGCGUCCUCUCACACAAAAGCAGUAGAAGAGAGCCGGAGAGGAGAUUUAAGUGCCGGCAUGCUGACAGAAACACCGCGGACCUCUGUGUGCUCCCCGGAGGAUCCGCAGCAGCAGCAGCAGCAGCAGCAGCAGCAGCGCUAUUAUGCUGGAGGCAAUUCAGACAUGCGCAGUCAAGCCAGAGACAGAACAAGGAAGCGCUACUAG